AUGUUUCUUAUUGGUUGUAUGUACGUGUGCUUGAACUUGUCGAACUCGGACUGCACAAGUCUUACUGCUGUCAUGGCUGCUAGUAUUGUGUUGAUUGCAUCGCCAUUGGAUACCUCAGUGAUAGGAUGGUUAGAAUUUGUGUUUGCCGAUAAUAUGGGAGUGCUAAUGGUGUUUGCUGUUGUCUUCGGUUUGGUGUGCAGCUCUUGUGUUGCCCUGAUGUCGCCUAUCACUGCGAUCAUUGUUGGAUUUGAGCGUUUCCCUACAUACUGGUCUCUCAAUUACAUCAUGAAGUUGUCAUUAUAA